UGUCCCCCAACGAUUUCGAGGUUCAGAUUCUUAAUUGCGUUGCACAGGUUUUGGGAGGACUAAAAGAUGACGUCAGUGACGCCUGAUGCUAGGAAAGCUGGGACGGGGAUGGCUGCAUCCCCGUCUCCUUUCCUCACGCCUCGCCCCGAAAAGCGGCGUGGAACUCUUGAUUUGAAUUCGAAUCACAAGGAUAAGGAUAAGGAAGUUAAUGUGCAAGUUGUGCUCAGAUGCAGGCCUCUAAGUGAUGAUGAGCAAAAGUCGAAUGUUCAGACAGUGGUAUCGUGUAAUGAACAAAAAAGAGAAGUCACUGUUGUGCACAGUCUAAAUAACAAGCCAGUAGAUAAAGUUUUCACUUUUGACAAGGUUUUCGGGCCAAAAGCACAGCAAAAAUCAAUAUAUGAACAAGCCAUUUCUCCCAUUGUGAAUGAAGUUCUUGAUGGUUUCAACUGCACUGUAUUUGCAUAUGGGCAGACAGGCACCGGUAAAACUUAUACAAUGGAAGGUGGGAUGAGAAAUAAGAAUGGCAAUUUACCUGCUGAGGCUGGUGUUAUUCCACGGGCUGUUCGUCAGAUAUUUGAUACACUUGAAGCACAAAAGGCUGACUACAGCCUGAGAGUUACAUUCUUGGAACUAUAUAACGAAGAAAUAACUGAUUUACUAGCUCCCGAUGACUACUCAAGAAAUUCUGAAGACAGGCAAAAGAAACCUAUUUCUUUGAUGGAGGAUGGAAAGGGUUGUGUGAUUGUGAGAGGCCUCGAAGAAGAACCUGUGUAUACUGUAAAUGAAAUUUACUCUCUGUUGGAAAGGGGGGCUGCCAAAAGGCGUACAGCAGACACUCUUCUGAACAAGCGCAGCAGUCGCUCCCAUUCUGUCUUUUCCAUUACUGUCCAUGUAAAAGAAGCAACAGUUGGUGAUGAGGAGCUAAUUAAAUGUGGCAAACUUAAUCUUGUUGAUCUGGCCGGAUCAGAAAACAUAUCUCGUUCAGGAGCACGUGAGGCUCGUGCAAGAGAAGCAGGGGAGAUAAAUAAGAGCUUACUCACCUUAGGCCGUGUCAUAAAUGCACUAGUGGAGCAUUCCACUCAUAUACCUUACAGGGAUAGUAAGCUUACAAGACUUCUAAGAGAAUCACUUGGAGGCAAAACAAAAACUUGCAUCAUUGCCACAAUUUCUCCAUGUUAUCAUUUUGUGGAUGAGACACUAAGCACACUAGAUUAUGCCCAUCGUGCCAAGAACAUUAAAAACAAACCUGAGGCAAACCAGAAAAUGUCAAAAACUGUGCUGCUCAAGGAUUUAUAUACUGAGAUUGAGAGAAUGAAAGAAGAUAUUCGGGCAGCACGUGAAAAGAAUGGUGUUUAUAUUCCACGUGAAAGAUAUGUCCAGGAAGAAGCUGAAAAGAAGGCUAACGUUGAGAGAAUAGAUAAAUUGGAGAAUGACCUCAACCUCACAAGAAAGCAAGUGGACAAGUGUCGAGAGCUCUAUCUCUGCGAGCAAGAACAGAAAUUGGAUCUCCAAAGUGAGCUCAAGGACUGUAUGAUAAAUCUGGAGAAUCGUAACAAGGCAUUGCUUGAACUUCAAGAGAAUCACCGAGUAGCCAUCUCAGCCCUAAAACAGAAGGAGCAUAUCAUCUCUAAACUGCUAUACUCAGAAAAUCUUUUAAUUGGACGAGCAAAAGAGUUACGCGGUGAUCUACAGACGGCAUCAGAGGAUAUAGAUUCACUACAUGAAAAAUUAGAUCAGAAAGACAGAAUGGAAGAAGAAAAUCAAAGCUUGGUUUUGACAUUUGGUUCUCAGCUUGACCAGAGUCUGAAAGAUCUGCAUAAGACCAUCUUAGGGUCUGUUUCUCAACAGCAGAACCAACUAAGAUGCUUGGAGGAACAUGUUCAUUCAUCCCUUGCAAGUAAAUGUGAUGCAACGAAGGUUCUGGAAUCAAGGAUUAAGAAAAUAUCAGAGACAUACAGUUCUGGAGUAUCAGCCUUGAAGGAGCUAGCCAACAUGCUGCAGAUGAAGGCAUCAUCUGACCUGGAGCAGAUAAAUAGUAAAACGUUAUCACAGACAGAGGUUGUUGAGAAGUUUCUCGGAACUGCGGUUACGGAGGCCAAUGAGGUCAUCCAGGAUAUACAGCAGUCUCUUGUUGAGCAGAAACAGCUAUUGGCUUUCUCCACCCAACAACACGAGCUGGGACUACAACGAAGUUUGCAUUCAGCACAUGUUAUUUCAAAGGCCACUGUUAAUUUUUUCGAUGAUCUCCAUGACCGUGCUUCAGAAGUUAUGAAAGUUCUUGAAUCUAGUCAAGUCAGACGAUUCCAACAGUUAGUGAACUUUGAGAAGAUGUUUAAGGAAGAGGCUGCUCGAGAGGAAAAACAGGCUUUUGAUAAAAUUGCAUCAAUAUUAGAAACUUUGACAUCUAAGAAAGUUUCUAUGGUAUCGAAGGCAUCAACCAACAUCAAACACACAGAUACACAAGAGCAUAGCAUAUUGCAAAAAGAGGUGUUAACCAUGAAACAAGUGGCAACAGAUGCUAGGAAGGCGUUGAGUGAACAUUUGGAAAAGGUGGACAGUCAUUUUAUGGAAGACAUGUUCUCAGCAGCUGAAUCUCAAGCAAUCAUGGAAAACUGCCUUCAAGAGUGCUCAGAGAGAGUUGGUUAUUCUAGUAGACAGUGGGAAAAUACCAAGUCAACCGUAAAGCGUAUCAAUAAGAACAGUGUUUCAAAGAUUGAGUCCACUGUGAAGGAAAACAUCUCUGCAAAUCGCUUGGCACAUGAAGAGUUUGUGUCUACAUCAUCCCAUGUCGAUGCAGAUUUUGAUGCUAUAACAUCUGACACGCUAGCAUGCGUUAAUGCUUCACUAAUGCAAGACCAUGAAAAGACAAAGGAGAUGGAUUCCUUCACUACCCUGUGCUUGGAUCAACUCAAAUCAGUACAAGACAAUCACAGUGAAAGCGUAUCAACCAUACGUAACAAAGCAGAAAAGUGUCUCGUGCAAGAUUAUGUGGUGGAUAAUGCUGGAACUUUGAAGAAACGAGUGAUAGAAGUCCCCAGCUUGGCAUCUAUUGAGGAAAUGAGAAGCUCCCUUGAUGUCAAAGAAGAGAAUGUGAAUGUUUUUGAUAACAAAUUGAAGCGGAGCCUAACCGAAAGCAAGAUCCCGGGUCCUCGAACUCCCUUCUCAGAUGUCAACUGAUUUGCAAGUCAAGAAUUUACACUACAAGUUGUAUGCUAGCUGUUCCAUUUGUCAAAACAAGCUCAUCAACUGAUGAGUUAUGAGAACAAGUCCAUCUAUUCUGUGCUGCUCAUUUAGACAGCAAUCGAUGACCGGGCAUCUUGUUCCCAUUGAUUCCUUAGAAGUUCAGAGCACAGCAUUAUCAUAU